AACCACUCCAUUUAUUUCUGUCACAUAUUUACAUUCCUUAUUAGAGCUAUAUUUCGUUAUUAACCACUCCACAAACCAAACACUUCAAUCUCCUUUGCAUAUAUCAUUUUGCCACCUUAAGAUAAGAAUCUAUUCCCGGCAUUAAAAUCUGUCCCGGAUAUCUCUCCCUCUCUCUCAGAUCAAUUCUAUAUUCCAUCUCUUGAUCAACUUCUCCGAUCUUUGUUUCCCUUGCCGCCAUGAGCAAUUGCAACCAAGCCACGUGUCCUUUGCCGAGGCCGGAGAUGUCGCCGCCAAUGAUUCCGCCGUUGUUGCAGCCACCGCCGCCACCUCCGGGUUAUCCGGUGAGUGAUGGUGGCCGAGUUAGUGGUGAUGUUUCUACUCCGGGUCGUACUCGGUCAAGGGGUGAUGGCUUUUGGAGGGGCUGUUGUGCUGCCUUGUGUUGUUGCUGCCUCCUGGAUGCUUGUGUUUGAGCAAAGAAAACUAAUACUCUACCAGCAAAGUUGCUUGUAUUCUCCUAUAUAUAUAUAUAUUUUCUUGGUCCUAUAUAUGUAAGUUGAACUGUGUUGCUUAUAAUAUGGUUGGCAAUACUGUCUUCUCCGAUUGCUUUUUGCACAUUACAUAUCAGAGAUGAAUAAGGCUUCCUGAUUAGAUUUAUAUUCUAUCAAUAUUAUUGUGUACUGCAUGUGUUAUUAAAAGAAAUUUUUUUUUUUUUC